GAGCUUCUCACUCUUCUGUGUUAUUUUCACCCCACUCCUCUCUCAUCGCUCCCUCCUCUCGCUGCCUUCACUUCCCCAUGUUUUCACAUCAUUGAACACACCAAGUGUUAGCUGCUACAUGUGGGCUUCAGCAGACAGCACACCAAGGCAUCAGUACAUCAACAGCUACAGAAACCAAGCAGAAUAAAUCAAAAACCAAAACCAAACCAAAAGACAUCAAAAACCCUGCACUGCACCGCGGCACACGGAUUAAGAUACGCAGCCAUGAAAACGAGACUUGGUUGUCUAUCCAAUAAAUCUGACUCAUGCAGUGACUUUUCCGAAUUUUUCCCGCCAGGACCAGAAAGAUCCACAAGAUACCUGAAGUUGACUACAGAUGAAGUGUCCAAAUGGGCUGAUUCGUUUGAUAUUCUCCUGUCAAGCAAGUAUGGUUUGGCUGCAUUCAGAACAUUCCUUAAAACAGAGUUCAGUGACGAGAACAUCGAGUUCUGGUUAGCUUGUGAAGACUACAAAAAGAUCAAAUCACCUGCAAAGCUGGUGUCAAAAGCCAACAAGAUCUAUAGAGAAUUUAUUGAUGUUCAAGCACCAAAAGAGGUUAACAUAGACUUUAGGACCAGGGAAGAGACCAGACAGAAACUUCUGGAACCAACAUGCUCCAGUCUCAAUGAGAUCCAAACCAGGGUCUUCAGCCUCAUGGAGAAAGACUCCUAUCCUAGGUUUCUUCGAUCCAAGAUCUAUCAAGAGAUCAUGAACAGGACACAGAUGCACUGUCAGAGAAAGUCAGUUUAAAGAGGAAUCUCUGUGUUGUUUUGCUUGUGUGGUGAAAACCUCUAGCGAUAUUAGAGCAGACCUUUACUGUUAUACAUAUUGAGUUUGACUGAAUAUGCAGUGUAGAACUGUGUAGCUUGUUUGCACUUGUAUAGAGUAUAUAUUACCUGUUACUGUGCUCCCUCGUGAGGUGACCUCCUUCCAAAAUCUAUCACAGAUGCAUUUAUGUGUAAAAGCAUGUGGAAUAAAAUGGGUCACAGCUCGUUUUUGGGUGUAUCAAUUCAAAAUCAAUACACCUUUUUGAUUUCCUAGUUUUGUUUUUUUUCCACCUCUUUUUUAAUUGAAAUAAGAGAAGUAAAUUGUGUCAGAUGUCUUGUUAAUAAUAAACGAAAAAAAAAAAG